GCUAAAAAAUAGGUCUCGCGUCGAUAUUUCCUUUAUAACCCAGGGCGUGCAGUGUCGUUUUAGCAUGGUGUGUUCACGUUGUUCAAUGUUUAAUUCACUGCUCUGUGAAAUCGACGUAUAAACACGCGUUAUGUAGCUCGUAUGCAACUGUUUCUGAGCCAAGUGGUCCGGACCCUCUCUCCCCCUCUUGAUUCCGCAUCAAAUGCAUCGCCACCCCGCGUCUAGGUGGACGUUCUCCCGGACCGCUGGACCCCAUGCAAAACGCAACCUUUAAUUCUGCGAGUGUCAACGCAGGAGUGUUAAUAAGCGAUCCUCCAGCGGGGUUUCGAGUCAUUGUAUGUCAUGGCUGUGACACGUCCAGCAGGCUGGAGGGCUAGCAAGCUAACUAGCUACUUUUAUUCCUAGUAACUGGUAGGAAACGGGGCCACCGUGGGGUAGACACGGCCCACGGAUGCGUGUGGCCGGGCAGAAGAUCCCCAGUUUAAUUAAUGAACCCCGAGGUUUCUCGGGUGGGAGACAUUUCGACGACGACGCCGCGGAGAGUUUUUGACAGGAGUGAUAUCCUAACGUUACUGUACUCUGGGGGGGGGGGGUUUUCUCCAAAGCAAGAUGGACUCUCGUUCGCCUGUCUGUCUUGUCAGACCCCAGCUCGACGUUUUGCAGGGAGAUGAAAAUGUGAGCUUGUGUUACGCUUUGUAUGGAGACUUUAAGCGAGCGAUGUGCGUUUAGUUUAGCAACCCGUCGUGUCGGGUCGUGAUAGCGCAUUUAAAGCGUUCAGUUGCUCAAGACUUCAGGCGGUGACCCAUCGGACAUCAGCAGUUUUACCUGAAAACACAACCAAAGCACUGCGCAGCGAUGGACUACAUCCACUAAUGCCGAUUGAAUUGGAGCAUUUCUAAUAUUGCAUUUCAUUCAUCGAGGGGUCGUGGCUUCUGGCCUUCGAGCUCUGGUGUGACUAAAUGGGCGGAACGACUUCACUGCUGUAAUGGUCAUCGUCAUUGCAUGACAAAGGCAGUGGCAGAUCCAUCUUCAUCACUCAUACAGCAUUUCCAUAGUUUGAUCAUAAGGGCGGUAGGACCAUGAAAGGUGGAGGAAGGGGCAAGGAGCCCCCCGCCGCUGGGGAAGUCGGGGGCAAGCGCCCCAAGCGCAAAUGCCUGCAGUGGCACCCCCUCCUCUCCAAGAAGGCUCUGGAUUUCUCAGAAGAGGAGGAGGAGGAAGAGGAGGAGGAACUGGAGAAGCCACAGGCACCUUGUGGCCAGGCCCCGGGGCCCGGCACGGAGCAGUGCGUGGUGGCCAGGGAGGAGACGGAGGAGGACCCCACGGAGCAGCGGGCACGGCGGCCCAUGAACGCCUUCCUGCUCUUCUGCAAGCGCCACCGCUCGCUGGUACGGCAGGAGCACCCCCGCCUGGACAACCGCGGCGCCACCAAGAUCCUGGCCGACUGGUGGGCGGUGCUGGAGCCCAAGGAGAAGCAGAAGUACACGGACAUGGCCAAGGAGUACAAGGACGCCUUCAUGAAGGCAAACCCAGGUUACAAGUGGUGCCCCACCACCAACAAGCCCGUAAAGACCCCCCCGUCCUGCCAGCCCGCCUGCAACCACCGCAAGAAGGUCUGGUCCUUCCCUUCCAAUGCCCCGUCCAAGGACUCCACCGCUGCCAAAAAAGUGCCCAAGUCGGCUGGCAUGCCCCAGUUGAACUUUGCCAUGGCAGAUCCUACGAAGAUGGGCGGACUGAGCAUGCUCCUACUGGCUGGCGAGCGCGCUCUAAGUGCCAGAGAGAGCCCACCCAGCAAUUCAAUACCAAGCUUAACAGGGGUGGCAAUCACAGAGAACACCCUCCAAGGGAAAAAAGAAAAAGAAGAAGAAGAGACACUAAGUGCAACACAGAAUAGAGUGCCGGACAUCUCUAAAAACAGGGUCAAGUCUCCCCUCUCCCCAAUGACAGAGCGGGCGUCUCCACAUCCAGCGCCGUCUGCGGCCCCGGAGACCAAGCCGUGCGGGCAGUCCGCUCUCUUCCAGCUCGCGGAGAUGUGCUUGGCGUCCGAAGCCGGGAAGAUAGAGCCGGCCGUCUCCAAGUCUCAGGAGAACCCAUCCUCCUCUCUCUCUGUCCAGCCGGCCGCUCUGGUCAAGGCAGAGGUCAAGUCAGAGGUCAAGCAGGAGAUGAUAGACCACCGCGACCGCACUCACUCCUCCUCCUCCUCCCGCUCUCCGCUGUCACCGCUCUUGCCUCCGCAUUUCCCCUCUUCCCCCACCUCCUCCGUCUCCUCCUCCUCCGUGUCGGUUACCCCCGGCAACAUCACUGCUACGGCUCAGUCGGACGUCCAGAACGCCCGCGCCAUCAAAAAGAAGACCAAGAAGAAGGACUCGCCGACGGACGCCGCCGCCGCCACCGUCGCCCAUAAGCUGUCCGCCCGGCCGUCGGCGCCCUGCCCCUCCAGGAAGCCCAGCGGCGAGAGCCCGGCGGCGGACCUGGACAGCGUGUUCUGCACCAUCGAGGCGGUGGCCAAAGGCUCCUGGACGGUGGCAGAGGCCGAGGUCAAGGUGAGGAAGAGGUCCCACGACGGCGGCGGCACUGUCAGCCCCGGGUCGCCCAAGAAGAAGAGCAAGCCCAGGACCCCCAAGACGCCUCCCAAGGGGCCGGCAAACGAGGAGGCGACCGCCAAGGGAGAGGAGAGCGGGAAUCCCGUCCGGCUGCACAGCGUCUCCUCGCUGUCCGAGGUGGAGAACAACAACAACAACAACAACAACGAGGAUGACCUCAAGGAGGAAGAAGAGGAGAAGGAGGAGGAGAUGGAGACGGAGGUCGUUCCCGCCAGUCCCAAAGAGGAAGCGGUGGAGAUGUCAGAAGAGGAGGCGGGCGGGGUAAGUGCCGCUCAGUCCCCCGGGACCGCGGGGGACCGCGGGGGCUGCGGGGGCCAGGAGCCCCCCGCAGCCGGCCUCAGGCCUAAAGACGAGGAGGCGGAGAAGGACAAGGUCCUCGAGGCCAUGGAGAGCGGCGCCGAGAGCCGGGGCUCCCGCAAGUCUGAGAGGAGCUGUAAAGGAGCGCUGUACAAGACCCUGGUGUCCGAGGGCAUGCUCACCUCGCUGAGGGCCAACAUCGACCGAGGUAAACGGUUUGCUUUCCGUGCGUCGGAGCACGAUGCCAACUGGCAGGAGGAGGGCUGUGUGGUCCCCCCGACGGGACCCCCAAACCCCAAGAAGCUGAAGAAGUCCAAGUCCAAAGACGAGUCGUCGCAGGGCCUGGGGAAACUGGAGGAGGAGUUUGAGAAAAAGUUCAACAGCCUGCCACAGUUCAGCCCCAUGACGUUCGACAAGAAGAGCACCAUGGUGGUGAAGAAGAAGAAGCCUGACAGCCCCCCCACAGCACAAGAGGAGGGCCCUAAAGCUGCCAAGGGGUCAUCUUCAUCUCAGAAAAAGACUUCAUUCCACAAGAUUGUUAGGAAGCACAAACAGAAAAAGGAGAAACCAAAUGUGCGGGAAAAAGUAGCAUUGCCUAGCGACCUGGCCCCGCCCAGCGACUCGGGGACGAACAAGGCCAAGCUGUGCGCCCCACCGUGCGUCCCGGCCAGUGCCCCGCCCUGCCUCCCGCCGGCCCCCGCCGGCCCCGAGGCUGCGGGGGCCACGGCCCUGGAGACGCUGCUGGUGGGCAGCCAGAAGAGGAAGGCCCGGAAGAACAAGAUCACCCACCUGGUUCGCACGGCCGACGGCAGCGUGUCGCCCAUCGACGAAGACAAAGCCAAGGAGCUCCCCCAGGAACAGGAAAAGAAGCCAUUAUUUACCCAGCAGAAGUUAUGCAAGGACCAGCGGUGCUUCGAGGCCCCCAGUCCAGAGCGGGUGGACGCACCCGGAGGGCCGCAGGAGCUGCCCGCCUUCUUCAGCCUGGCCGCCCUGGCCGAGGUGGCGGCCAUGGAGAACGUGCACAGAGGUCAGAGGGGCAGCGUGUCUGACACUCAGACCAAGGAACUGGCCAAGGCUCCCCUCCUCAUCUCCUGCUCCGACCAGUGAAAACCCUGCUGCUGCUGCUCCUGCUGCUGCUGCUGCUGCUGCUACUGCUGCUACUACUGCUGGCAGAAGCACCACACCAUGGAUGCUAUAGGACCCAGUGCUCCACAAUUCCCUCUUGAUACUGCCCACUGUGGGGGAAUGGUGGUGGUGUGGGUUGGGUCGUGAAGCAGGAAACUUUGGACUGAAUUUGACCAACCCCCCCACCCUGUCCCCUCGCAUCCUUCUCUCGCCCUGACCCCCGAUGGAUUAUUUUAAGCUCUGCGGUCGGUUGCACCAGCUUUGUGUAAAUUCAAACUUAGAUAAAACCGUGUUGAAGUGUUUUAAGUCAGGGUUGGCCAAUGACCAAUUCAAAACAGGUUGCAUCACAUAGAAACUAGUUCUAACGUAUCGCUUAGUAGUUACUUAAUAUUUGCAGUUGAAUUUUCUUUUUAUGAUAAUCCACAAAAUGACAGAAUUAUGGGUAUUGUUACUGGUUAUGACAUUAGUUGCGUAUCAGUGGUGCAACCGUGUUUAGUAAAAUUUGAAACUGCGGUUACUAUGGACUUGACGCACAGACAUGGUAGCGAAACUUACACAUAGCUUGUGCAACCCCGUCCAGGCCCGUUAGUGGGGAGGGAAGAGAAGGUAAGAGUCAGCCCCAGCCUACCCUGUCCCACCUUUCCCGCCUUGUAUAUCUCAGUGUUCUCCCUGAAGCCUUUGCUUUUCGGUAGGAUGAGGGUGCCUUUCUGAUGUCUUCAAAACGCUCUGGUAGAAUCAUCUGUUCAAGAAAACAAGCAAGCCCGACCUCCUCCACCUCUCUCAGUGAGCGGCUUCCAAUAUCUAGACCAGGGGUCACCAACCUUUUUGAACCUGAGAGCUCCUUCAUGGGUACUGAGUCAUACCAAGGGCACCCUGUUUGAUACACUCUUCUGAAAUAACAAAUUUGCUCAGUUUGCCUUUAGUUAUAUAUUACUAUUAAUGAUGAUUAAUGAUACUCAUCUAUGUGAAACAUGUUAAUUACUUGAGUCAUGUUAAUGAUUUCUCACAAUAAUUAUCAACAAUGACUUAAAAGUUGGGAAAGAGUUGUUACUCCACUCAAGAAUGAGUAGUGCUAUGUUUAGAACAGGCCUGCGGGCGCCUCAUAUGGUCCUUGCGGGCGCCCUGGUGCCCGCGGGCACUGUGUUGGUAACCCCUGAUCUAGACGGUCUUUCAGUCACAAACCCCUGGGCCACAUGGAGGUCGGAUCUUGCGGACAAAGAAAAAAACAACAACGCCAAUCAGUCACGCUAGGUAGGACCCAAGACGCCAUUCCUUUUUUUGUUUUUGUUUUGUUUUGUUUAUUUUUUACCUCGGACACACACACCUCCGGUAGAAUACCUCUUUAUCUGGACAGCUCUUACCACUUUGCUCCGUUUCCCCCCCCACACUCUCCUCUAAGCUUUGACCCAAACUAAUGUAACCAGGGUAAAUCACCAUGAUGACAACGGAUGGGCUUUCGCUACCGACAUGAUGCUUUGUGUACAGCGCACCUCGCAACGGUGUGAGCGAGCUAAUGAAGAACUCGAAAAGGUCGAAAAAGUGUUUUCUGGACGUUUUCCCGUUUGACGUUUUCUUUUGUCUUACUUAGGACGUGCUACUGUGUGAACGGUAUGUGGUAGCGACCCUAUAACCCGUAAUAGAUUUAACAUUGUAAGAGUAGGCCUCUUAAAGCAGCGUUAACUCUUAGCUAGGGACGUGUUUGUUUGUGUGUCUAUUCAUCCUUUAGAAGCUCACUAUGAUCCCUCGGUCCGGUUUUAUCCAGUGGACGGACCACUUUAAAAACACACAGAAUCAAUGCUUUUAUUUUUAUGAUGGUGUGUGUGUGUGUGUGUGUGUGUGUGUAUAGAAGAAAUUAACGGUUCUAAAUAGCCUUAACCCCUCCGACGUGUACCUUUAUGAACCCCCCCGGCAGACUCCUCUUCCUCAGCCUCAAUAGAGCUAAGGAGCGUGGGCACUUUUCAGGUGUGAAACGCGGUUAGUGUCAAUAUACUUGAUCUUCUCACUCGGUGUCGCGUGUAGGUUAGUACCGUGCGCACAGCAUAUUUGAGUACAUUAUUUUGGUACUUUUGUCUGUUGUGAAAGAAACUGCAGGCAUUUGUAGGCUGUGGUAAAAAUGGAUUUCCAGUAGGUAUGCCUUGUCUCCGAUGGCCAAACUGGUUAGCUAGAAUGUGUCAUAACUUUAUCUCUUCAGAAAAGUAAUUCUUCUUCUUUUGUUUUGAAACGACAAAAAAGGGAUCAAUAUCCAACGGGCCUCAUUCACAAAGCACAUUUUAAAAGCUACACUAUGAGAUUAUCUUGUCAAUCGAUCCUUUAUUUUAAUUACGUAUCAGCAAUGGGUGUAGUCUAUUCGCUGGGUCAAAUACAGAGACUGAUAUUAAAGCAUUAAUUCUACUCCAUCAAUCAGUGAUGCAAAAAAUACUCAUAUGCUAUACUUAAAAGUAAAAAAAUACCCUUAGAAAAUGGUACUUGGUUGGACUCAAGUAUUGCUAUUAUAUAGAAUGUACUAAAUUGAAAACGAGCUCAUAGCAUUCAUUCAUAGACCUGUAAGUAACCCUAACAAGUGGUGAUGCUCCAUUUGUGGUCCACUCAACAGUUUCCCCUUAUUGUCAGCAAUGAUGAAUGCUCGUAUUUAAUAAUAAUGUUAUGUAGUGUCUCUUUAGUAAAACUGAUAUUCAGCACUUGAACGUGUGAGAUGAGGCUAAAUGUAGCAAAAGUGAUUUAUUUGCUUUGGAAUGUAGUAGUUUAAAUGGAGUAAAAGUGUGAGGUCCCUAAAUAUAUAAUUACCCAAAUCAUGUAUAUAGAUGGCCCAAAAUGUUCCAGACCUUAAAAGUACUCAAGUACCUCAAAUCAAAAGUAACACCGUUGGGCCUGAUUUACUUUAUAAGUAAACGGUCUCUCAUGCUUUAAUUUGUCAAUCUCGCAUUUCAACUUUUGACACAAAUUCCACAUUAAUAAUUUAGAUGGAUGGCAAUUUAAAUUUUUAUUUGAAAAUAAGAAAGUAUGAAUUACAUUAGUAAUUAUCCUGGAUACGGUAAAACUAGGGGAAAGACAGCAAAGUUUGAUGCAGUUAUGCUGUAUUUCAUUAGUGAAAUAUCCAGAAACGUGUGUGCUUUUAGAUUGUUUAAUGCUAACAAUGUUCAAAUAUUUACAUUAUAUCCCUGUAAUUUAUAUAUAUUUGGUUUUUCAAUGGUGGAUAAACUAUAAAUAUUAAUCAAUUAUGGAUUCUUGAAUCUAGGCUUCUUCCAGUUGAAGCAUUAGAAUUCAAUUUGAAGGGGAUCCUCAUUUUUAUUUUUGCUCAACGCUAUGUUUUCUGAAUGAGGCCCAUUGUACACUUUCCCUGCAAAAACAGGCCCUGGUAACUGAACUAAACCAGACUAGGCAUCAGGUGUCACAUGUACGUCUCUGGUCAGGUCCUCUUUUGCCAAGUAAUCUCCUCAAAAGGCCAUCAGAAUCCAACAGGCGUAGUGUUUUACGUGUUUCUAUUCAGAUAAAACAAUGUUGUUAUCGCUAAACUAUGUAAUUCUGUUUCAAACCGUAUGGUCAAGAUGCAUUCGGUUUCCGGCCUGGCUUUCCCCCACCCCGGUUUGUGCAUCUGUACUGCUGAAGACUAGGGUGGAGGUGUCUAUGGUCAAACCACAGCUUUGCUGUCUUCCCAUGGGAUAGAAUUAGCCGAGAGAGACCUCAAAUGCUAGCUCCCACUGCUUGUGAUACAUGUGCAUACCAAGCUACUCUUAAAUCCCAGUUUUUUUGCCAACCCGCUCCUCUCAAAGGAAGUUGCCCACAGGUCUAUGAAAUUUCCUUUUUGCUCCUCGUUAUCGACCAAUUCCUGAUUUAUUACAGACUUAUGAUUCAAGCAGUGUAUCUUUAGAUUGGUUGUUUCCAUUCCGUUUUGUUUCUUGUUUAUUUAAGUAUUCUGUUGCAUUUACAGUACUCUCCUAGUAAGGCUGAUUUAUCUUUCUUUUGCUUACUUUACUCUCGUACUUUUUUUUUUUCGCGAGGCCAAGUUUACUGGAUUAUGACUGUUGGCAACAAACCCUCGUACACAAAUGAUUGCUUGUAGGCUAACUUAUUGGCUAAAUGAGCAACAAGUCUUUGUCUAUUCGAGACAUUAGCAGUGGUCCUUCGCUGGACGAUUUUAGAAGUCAACUGACUUGAAGGAUGUGACAUGAGGGCCAAGUGUCACUGGAGAUGGGGAAAAUCCUCUUCUUUUGAGGUAGUGUCUGUCCUUAAUCAGGACAUUAUUACUUAUUGGUCGUGCUCGGCCCUUGUGCAAAAGAUAUUAAGAACACGGUCAUACUGUGUGAUUGCUCCGUGAAUUUGACCGUUAAUGCUAAGAAACUAACAAUGUGUGUGCCCCCCCCCCCCUUAUGCUGAAGGAUAGUGAUAAUGCUUUAAGAUAAUCUUAAUAGUGUUUUGUUUUUUUCGACAUUUAAGAAAUGUUGCAUAAAUGAUGUUUUAUCCAGGCAGUAAAACUAUAUAAUUCUUCCACUGAUGUGGUUUUAUGUGAGUCAAAGAAGUUGUCUUCCCCCCCCCCCUCCUCCCCCUGAAAUAGAGAUAUAUUUGCUUAUUGCAAGUGAGUUUAUUGACAUUUGCCAAAGAAAAGGGAAAGAUGUCUUCAAAUAUAAAUCGUAUAUGAAUAUAUAUAUAUAUAUAUAUAUAUAUAUAUAUUAAAAUACAAGCAUGGCGGUUGCACUGCAAUUUGUAGUUAUAUAAAUCUUCAGGUAACAUGCUCUCAGCACAACAAAUCAUGCGUGUCUCAAGGGGUUUACCUUUAAAUUUGAACCCCGAGUUUGACUGGUGUGCAAAGAAAAGAAAGGCAUCACGCAAUGCCUCUUUUAAUAAACAGUGUGUGCACCUUAUGACCCAAACCAAAAUGAUCAUGAUCUUUCAAGGAAAUAACAAAUUUUUACCCCAUCUUUGAAAUUAUGCAUUUUGAGAUAUAUGUGCUUAUAGCACAUCCAAUACAAAAAACACCCCCAUCAAUGACAGCCAUAAUACUAUCAUUCCACAUCCUUUCAUCUUUUCUAUGUAGAAUAUUGCCUCUAUAGAUCUAAAAUUCCUAUAUUAGUUACCUAAAUGACUAUGAAUAAUAUCCUUUGUGCUAGUACUGUCUUCUCGAAUGUAAUCAUUUUGUACCUGUAUUUUUCUAAUUCCACUUCAGUCUUGAUUGUACUGUAUGUAUGCUAUGGUGUACUGUUCCUCGGUGCAUCGUUCGUCACGACUAACAGUUCUCGUCACGAGAUGGCCGCUGUGCUACGAAACACGAUGGAAUUUUGUGAAGGUCGGUGUCCGAGGAAAAAGGACUCGACUGACAAGCAGCCCUUAGACUGAUGAUUGAGUGUCUUGCGUUCUGGAUGACGGGACUAUUGCUUUCCCCGGUUUGGUAUUAUCUUUACUUUUUUUCCUUUCCGUUUUUUCUUUGCAGUAAAGUUUAAAAAGAAAAUGUAAACUCUGUUCAGGACAGUAAAAAACCAGAGACACUCCUGCAAUCGACAAGAACAUUGGAAUGCUUGGUUUUUUACUUAUUUAUUACAAUUCCCUUUUUUUUCUAAUAGAUUUAGUACAAUAAUGAAAUGAAAAUAUACAACUUAAUAUGCAUCAAUUUAUACAUAAAUUCUGUGUAACAUUAUCUAAUCUUUACUGGAAUGUAUAUCAUGGCUUCCUUGUUUUUUUGUUUUAUUUUAUUUUCUGUGUUUUUGUGUGCGUGUGGAAAAAAGGUUACGCCAGAUCUCAUUGUCUAUUUACUCUUGAUAGUUUUGAAACAACUCACGCUAAAUCUAAUUUAUGCUAUGAAUAGUAUCACCAUGACAUGAUAUAUAAUUUUGUUGAUUGUUGCAACCUAGUUGUUAAAAUGCAGCCUUGCCUUACUGGAAACCCUGCGUAGUGAGGGGUCCCUUAGCUACCCCGUCCCUGCCCAGCCCUCCCCCUCCACAGCUCCUAUGUCAUAACACUGUUUGCCGAUGCAACUAUUCCUUUUACACUUUCUGCUGACGCAAAUGUUACUUCUUGAACACCUAUUAAAAUAACAUAUUAAAAGCUCGCCGCUGCUGUGAAUGACCUUUCCUUUCCGUCUUGAUUA